AUGUGUUAACAAUGCACAUUAUAUUCUUCUGAAGGGUGUCAUAGUUGUGGCACUACUUGUAAAUUAUGCUAAGCAAACCAAAUAAGUAAUUGCGUAAAUUGCUAUGAAACAAUGCAAAUUAGUGGAAGCUAAUGCAUUUGUAGAAAUCCAUAAGACUAAAGGAAUAUCUUCUAUCAGUGUAGUUAUGAUAAUUAUGCUGUUGUUUAAGCAAUCUUUGAUAGCAUAUCUCCAAUUUUAACACUUGAAUUUGGGUCUAAUUUAGUAAAUAUAAAUAAUCUUACAUGUGACCAAAUAUUUGAUUCUGCUACAUAUCUGUUGCUGGGUUCUAAUUCUAGCUGUGAAAUAAGUUAAACCAAAAUAGUUGUUUCCUUGAGUAAUGAUGCAAUCAUUAUGGCUAACUACACAUUAGGAUUUAAAAGUAAUUUUCUGUAAUUCUAAGGAUACACAAAAUAUAUAGAUACUUUCUAUUUGGUAUCAGUAAAAAUUCAUGUAAUGACAUUUCUUUUGGAGUUAAAUCUGUUUUAAAUGAUGCCAAAAGAAGUUUCUUUUAUUUGUAAUGGAGCUUUGAUCCACUUUAAGGUUUGA